AUGUUCCGCCCCCCAGUCAACCGCGCGAUGAAGACGCUCGACCGAUCGUUCUUCCGCAAAACGGUGCCCAUCGCUGCCGCGAAGAUCUUUGAGAAAUCGCAAAUUUCAAGCGUCCGCCAGGCACUAGGCAAGAACCGCGAUCUACUGGUUCUACCCCGACUCAAUGUUGUGCGUGAUUUGAGGGAACAGGAUGGGGCCAUCCGCAAAGGCCUUUUGCUACGGGAGGAUGUUAAAGCUGAUGACAGGACUACUUGGUCGCCAGUGAUCAAUGAGCUCGUGGAGAAGGGUGCUGUGGAUGUGUCACCGUAUGAUCUGGAGUUGGAUUAUGAUUACUGGAGCUACGCCGAGAUUGCCAGUGCGAUCCUCCCCGAAGAAAUGGAAGAAGUCCCCCAAGGGUUCACUCAGGUGGGGCAUGUCUUGCACUUGAACCUCCGAGAGCAUUGGCUUCCAUAUAGACAUAUAAUUGCAGAGGUUCUAAAGGACAAAAACCCCUCCAUCCGGACCGUGAUCAACAAGACCGAAGAUGUCGGCUCACACAGCCAAUUCCGCACAUUUCCCUUCGAGCUGCUUGCCGGCGACAGCGACAUGAACGUUAUUCAACACGAACAAGAUUGCGAGUUCCGGUUCGAUUAUUCUCGGGUCUACUGGAAUAGCCGUCUUGAGACUGAGCACCGCCGGCUCGUGGAGAAGUUCGAGCCCGGCCAGAUGGUUUGCGACGUGAUGGCAGGAGUUGGACCCUUCGCUGUUCCCGCUGGCCGUAAGCGAAUCUUUGUCUGGGCCAAUGACUUGAACCCGCAUGGCUAUGAAGUGAUGCAGGAUGCGACCAAACGAAACAAGGUUCAAGACUUCGUGACCCCGUUCAAUCAGGAUGGACGCGAGUUCAUCCGGUUCUCGGCAAAGUCGCUCCUCGAGACAGAUCCCGUGACUGUCACUAUUCAGAAGGCCAAGGGACGAAAGGAUAAGAAGGGCAAAGCGAACGACGGCAAGGCCAUUGAGCAGCCUCCGGCACAAAAAUAUGUUCGCCCGCAGUUCGUUGAUCACUAUGUCAUGAACCUGCCCGCUACCGCUAUCGAGUUCUUGGAUGCAUUUCAGGGUCUCUAUACCGGCAAGGAAGAGCUUUUCACACCCAACACCUCUCAGACUCUCCCGAUGGUGCACGUCUAUUGCUUCUCGGGCAACUCCGAUAACGAGGUGGAUGACCACAAGGAUAUCUGUGAGCGGGUAUCGGAGCGCAUUGGAUUCACUAUUACACCCGAGGACCGGGUCGGAGGCACUGGCAAUCCUGCCAUUGAACUGGACGUCUUUAAUGUCCGACUCGUCAGUCCCAAGAAGCAGAUGUUCUGCGCGAGCUUCCGUCUCCCGCCAGAGGUUGCAUUUCGCAAAGUUUAG